AUGCUAACAUUGAAUGACCAUUAUUCUUGUGUACUUCAAACACCAUUAUUUUAUUUAUGUGGACAGUGUAUUAAAAAUUUAUCGGAUGAUAUCAAGUUAAAGUUGGCUCAGCAAUUAAACGAAAAAGAAAACAAUCGUCGUUUCGAUUAUUAUGAUGUACCAGCAACAACAUUUGACAAUUGGUUUGAUAAUGAAGAUAAUAAGGAUCGUACACAAGAAAAACAUCGCAAUCGAUUGAUUCAAUCACUUAUGAAUGAUGCAGCCUUACCGCACAUUAUUUCAUCAUCAAUUCUUCAAUCUUAUAUUAAUGAUUCCAUACGAGUGCUUUGUAAAAUUAUUGGAAACCAUUUUCAUGAGGAUGAAAAGGUUUCAUUUAAUUCUUCAUCUAAUCGUGAUAUUUGGCAACUUGCACAUAUUUAUACAUUAUUUGAAUAUGAAGAAAAGGAUAUUCUAUCAUUUUAUUCUGCUUGUCGAAUUACAGAAAAUUUCGAUCGAAAUCAAUCAUUCUAUAAUGAUCUCCUAGCCGAGGAAGAUAUGACACGUUUGCAAGUACGAGAAAAUUUAUUUCGUUUAAUGUUUCAUCAUCUAUGGACAAAACUUUGUGAAAUAUGUCAAACCAAUGAAAAUGCUAAACAAUGGAUACAUUGUUUUACAUUAAUAUCAAAAUAUUAUCCAUCCGAAAGUGUUUUAAAACGAAUGGAAUUCGUUCAUAUGAAAAUAAAAAUUGAAUUUAUGAAUUUAGCCUAUUUAAUAUUAGUUAAUGAAAAAACACCAGAACCUAUUCAACUCUUUCAACAACUAUUAAAUGAGACUUCAUUGAUGCAAGAUGAUAUUAAUGAUUAUCAUGCUAAUUUAGAAGGAUCUGCCAACGGAAAAUUUUUUCAACCAAAACCGCGGCUAUUGGCGGUUUACCAGUUGCGACUCUCAGCGAUUAUUAUGAACUGCAAAAGUCAGACCGUUUAUUAG